UACUUAUACGGAAGUAGGGCGAUACAAUAAGAAACGGGUAUAUAUAAAUUCGCUGUGUGUUAAAUCGACAUUAUUUUAAACCAGGCUUUAGUUAGUGAUCCCACAAUGGCUUUGAAAAUUUUGUGUUUUCUCAGUUUUCUGGCAUUCUGUCAUGCUGGAGUUCUUCCGUUCUUUGAUCCUAGGAUUGUAAAUGGGGAAGAUGCUAAAUUAGGCGAGAUUCCAUAUCAGGUUUCUCUUCAACAAAUAGAAUCUUCGUUUCACUUUUGUGGUGGAUCAAUUCUGAAUGGAUACUUUGUUAUUACGGCAGCUCAUUGUGUUGUGAGCGAAACCGCUAGUGGAAUAAAAGUUAUUGCUGGCACUAUCGAUUUAACUGACCCGCAAUCGGAACAUAGAGUUGCAAAAAUUACUGUUCAUGAAGACUACGAUCCAAGUAAUUCCUGGAUAAACGAUAUUGCUUUAUUGAAGGUAAAAAAUCCUUUCAUACAAUCUUCCACCAUCGGAUACGUUCCCAUGCCACCAAGAGGUCACGAAGUUAAACCCAAUGAUAUUGCUGUUGUAUCGGGAUGGGGUAGACUCUGGCUCGGAGGACCAACUACUACUAAACUGCAACGAGUCAAUGUUCUCAUUGCUGAUCAAGCUUAUUGCAAAUAUAUGUAUAACAAUGAUGGAUACAACGUCUAUCCCACACAAGUUUGCGCGUUUGACCCGUCAAUCGAAAAAGGAUCUUGUAAUGGUGACUCUGGUGGACCAUUGACUGUUGAUGGAACCCUCGUUGGACUGGUGUCCUGGGCAAAUGGUUGCGCCAGUAUCACCUACCCCACUGUCUUCACACGUGUCGUCUCUCAUUUAGAUUGGGUUAAAGCUCAUGCGGUUUAAAAUCUUACUCACUUCUAAUUAUGAUUUAUAUUCUAUUUUACGUUAUGUAUACUUCACUAAUUAUCAUUUUAUAAAACUAGGAAACAAAAAUAUUCUUUUGUGGUAAUAAAUAUCAGGAUUGUGCAUAGAUGUCCUCAAAAUGUUAUACACAUUUUCAAUGAAAUAAAUAUUGCUUUAUUCAAAUCACUAAAA